AAAACAGUUUUUAAUCAAGUGUAUAUUAGUGUAGUACGUACUUGGUGGAAGUGUUGUUCGUCGUAUAGCAAUAAUUUUUAUAUUAGUAGCAACACAAUAAAAACUAAACAAGACAUAAUUUUUAUUCAAUAAUGCUAAUUUUAACAUAUGGAAAGUACAAUUUUGUGGAAAGUCAUGUGAAUUCAUAAUGAAUCGUUCUAAAAGAUUGCAGAGGAGGAGGUAUAUAGUGACGAGGGCAGCGCAGUUCUGUAUGCCAAACAGAUGACAUUCGUUUGAGUAAAUGUGAAUAAAAAAAUUAAAAAUUUAACUGUGAAAAAAUAAAUAUAUUACAAGUGGAAACUAUAAGGGAUACGAUAUAACGUCCUUGUGCGUGUGACAAUGUGAAUUUACUUUACAAUAUACAUAGCUUGAGAUCGUAAGCAAAAGUGAUAUAUUUAUUGUAAUAAAGCAUAUAGAUACGAAGAAAAAUUAGCAUUACUUUGUUGUAAAGUUUUUGGGAAAACGAGCAAUCAAAUUAUGUAAAGCAAAAAUUAUUGCAAAGUGUAUUUACAAGUGCUUAUUCUCUUGUGUGCAUGUACAUCAAUCUGUAUUUUUAAACACGCUUAGUUUUUGAAGAGUGUAUAUUGUUUAUAUUGGAGACUGGUACCUACUUCCGUCGCUCACGUAAAUAUAAAAACACUACCGUCUGGAGAAAUGAAAUAUUAAGAAUUUUAUACAAAUUGUGAGAAGAAGAAGCCUUACAAAAUUUCAUUAAUAAUUACGACAAAUGUGAAUUAUUGUUUGGUCAACCAAAAGAAUGUUGAAUUGGUAGUGUCUCAACAACACAGCCGAAACAACCGUAGAUAUUAGAGACUUGUCAAGGAAAUAGUAGUAGCGUUUACAAUAACAACACUCUGGAAUACUUUUACGUGAGCACAGCCAGUGAACUGCCAAACGCAACGUUUACAUGUUUUUUACGUAACACACGUCAAUUUGAUUGUAACAAUAAUAACAACAGAUAUCUUAACAAUCCGUAUGACUCACAGAACCUGAACAACUGCUGCAAUAGUGACGAUUCCUUUAUCUACAUCAACAAUCAGAGUCCACAUCAAUACCUUAACAAUCAUCUGCGCUACUUGCAACAACAACAGCAGCAACUACAUAUUCAGCAGCAACAACUGCUAAUAGAACAACAGUACCUCAGUCAACUUCAUAAUAUACAUCAUCAUCAACAACGCCAACGUUACGAUUACUAUAAUCAGCGUUCCCGGUUCUCAUUGCCAGUGUUGCCACGUGUCCACCUGCAACUACAGCAACAGCAACAGCUAGUACGACCUGUGCAACCUGUACAGCAUACAACACUAACGCUGUUACCUUCUCAGCAGCAGCACCAACAGCCUUUGACGGCAUCAUCAUCAUCAACAGCAGCGGUGCACAACGAAGAGGAGAGCGCCGUCGCUGUCGCUGUCGCCAACGUCGUCGCUCCCACUCCCGCGUCCACAUCCGUACCGGUAACUGCCUCCUCUGUCGCCGUCAUCGCCGCCUCUGGUGCGUCCUGUACACAACCGCAGCCGCAGCCGCAGCAACCAUUCACCCUGUUACAACACUCACAAAUGUCCAAUAAGCUAAAUCCGAAACGCCGCGAAGGACCGAUCACUACCGGUACCGGCACAACAUCGGCCGGCAAUACAUCCUCAGCCGCAAAUACAUCCUCCUCAUCUAGCUCAUCAUUGUCGUCCGCCGGAGGCGGUGAUGGUGGUAUGUCUGCCGAUCUAACUUCAUUGUUUGAGUGUCCGGUGUGCUUCGAUUAUGUCUUGCCACCGAUAUUGCAAUGUUCUAGUGGGCACCUGGUAUGCGUAUCGUGCCGCUCGAAACUCACCUGCUGCCCAACAUGUCGCGGACCAUUGGCAAAUAUACGCAAUUUGGCAAUGGAGAAAGUCGCCUCAAAUGUGAAAUUCCCGUGCAAACACUCGGGCUAUGGUUGUACAGCUUCGCUGGUUUACACAGAAAAAACAGAACACGAAGAGACAUGCGAAUGUCGACCAUACCUGUGUCCAUGCCCGGGUGCAUCGUGUAAAUGGCAAGGCCCAUUAGAUUUGGUCAUGCAACAUUUAAUGAUGUCACACAAAAGCAUUACUACGCUACAGGGCGAAGACAUUGUAUUUCUCGCCACUGACAUCAACCUGCCUGGCGCUGUCGAUUGGGUUAUGAUGCAGUCUUGCUUUGGCCAUCACUUUAUGUUGGUGCUUGAAAAGCAAGAGAAAUAUGAUGGACACCAGCAAUUCUUCGCAAUUGUGCAGUUGAUCGGCUCGCGGAAAGAAGCCGAGAACUUCGUCUAUCGUUUAGAGUUAAAUGGCAACCGUCGACGCCUCACUUGGGAGGCUAUGCCGCGAUCCAUACAUGAAGGUGUUGCAUCUGCUAUACACAACUCCGAUUGUCUGGUAUUUGACACAUCGAUUGCGCAACUGUUUGCGGACAACGGAAAUCUCGGCAUUAAUGUUACCAUUUCGAUUGUCUAAAAUGAAUCAACAACAACAUACAAUACACAAAAAAGAGAGAGAAGAAAAGGACAGGGAAUAUUUGUAGAAGAUAAGAAAUAGUAGAAGGGGGGUGGGAGUGACUUGGAUUUUUUCAAUUGUGAGGGAGUGCAAAACCCGAUAACAAGCUUCAGCAAAAUGGGACAUAAAUAUUAAAAUUGGCGUACACAGUUACAUAUAUGUAUAAAGUGGGUUCAAGCAUGUAUCCAAAUAACCUAGAAAUAACAAAAAAUAAAUGCGAAAGACAGAAAU